CACUGCGCCAUCACGACGCAACAUCUUUUUCUCGUCGGAAACUAGAGCUCAGUUCACGGCAUUCGAACGUUCAAUUCGGUUCCUCUAUGUUGCUUUUAUCAUAUUACUUUUGAGUUAGAUUUUAGAGAGAACGGAGAAUUUAGGUCUUUGAACUUCCAAGAUCUAGGGAUUAGUAAGACAUGGAGACCUCUGAGGAGAAGGUGGUAGCGGUGAUCAUGGUUGGUGGCCCCACCAAAGGUACUAGAUUUCGGCCGCUUUCCUUCAACACUCCAAAGCCACUAUUCCCUUUGGCUGGUCAGCCUAUGGUUCACCACCCUAUUUCUGCUUGUAAACGGAUACCCAAUUUGGUGCAAAUUUUUCUCAUUGGAUUCUACGAGGAGAGGGAAUUCACGCUAUAUGUCUCUUCGAUCUCUAAUGAGCUUAAAGUUCCAGUCAGGUAUUUGAGAGAAGACAAACCUCAUGGUUCAGCUGGCAGCCUUUAUUACUUCAGGAAUCUUAUCAUGGAAGAUGCCCCAUCACAUAUUUUUUUGUUGAACUGUGAUGUGUGCUGCAAUUUUCCACUGACAGACAUGCUUGAGGCCCAUAGAAGGUAUGGAGGGAUGGGCACACUGUUAGCAAGUAAGGUUUCUGCUGAAUCAGCCUACCAGUUUGGUGAGUUGGUUGCUGAUCCAAUUACCAAAGAGCUAUUGCAUUACACUGAGAAACCUGAGACUUUUGUAAGUGACUUAAUAAACUGUGGUGUUUACGUCUUCACCCCAGAAAUUUUUAAUGCCAUUCAGGAUGUAUCCACACACCGUGAAGAUAGAGCUAAUCUACGUCUCAUCUCCAGCUUUGAAUCCCUCCAGUUGGCAACAAGGUCCCUUCCUACAGAUUUUGUCAGGUUGGAUCAAGAUAUCCUGUCACCUCUUGCUGGAAAGAAACAAUUAUACACCUACGAGACCAUGGACUUCUGGGAACAGAUCAAGGCUCCUGGAAUAUCUUUGAAAUGCUCUGCAUUGUAUCUUGCUCAAUUCCGAUUAACCUCUCCUGAUCUCCUGGCUAGUGGAGAUGGCACCAAGAGUGCCCUAAUUAUUGGCGAUGUUUAUGUUCAUCCUUCAGCAAAAGUACAUCCAACUGCAAAGAUUGGCCCCAAUGUUUCGAUUUCAGCGAAUGUUCGUGUAGCAGCUGGUGUAAGACUUAUUUGCUGCAUCGUCUUGGAUGAUGUAGAAGUCAAGGAAAAUGCAGUUGUUAUGAAUGCUAUUGUUGGAUGGAAGUCAAUUAUUGGGAAAUGGUCGCGUGUCCAGGCUGAAGGAGACUACAAUGCAAAGCUCGGAGUCACUAUCCUAGGGGAAGCUGUGACAAUCGAAGAUGAGGUUGUGGUGAUUGACAGCAUUGUUCUUCCCAAUAAAACACUCAAUGUGAGUGUACAGGAGGAGAUCAUUCUUUGAGAUGAUGAACUGAGAUUAUGCAGUCUUCAUGCUGCCCCACACUUUUAUUUUUGUUGUAUAUUUUCCUUUUUGAUACUAACAAAGGCAUGACACACGCCCACGAUGUCAGGAAGCUCAUUGCUCAGCCGUAAACGAAUAUUCUUCAAUUAUGAAUAUACAUCAAUUAGCCAAAAUUAGUUCUUUGGCUAGUAUGAAUCCACAAAUUCCAUGUAAGCAGAUACUGUGAUGUCUAGUGAAAGCAAUUGUAGCACAAUAUGACUUCAUAAGAGCCAGCUUUAGUUUACAUCUGUGUCCCUGGUGCCUUGCACCAAAACCUUUUCAUAACUGAACUUCCAUUGCUCUUCAGUUCAUGUACCUCUGCUUUAAGUGCCAUCAAUGGCAAUAAAACACGAUUUGUU